AUGUGUGCUUUCGUGAGAGUGGGGUCCCCCAAAGGGCUAGAGCCCCCAAAGGAAUUGGGAACUUCCCUCGAGGCAGGUACAGGUUCCCCCUUAGAGAUGAGUACCAUUGGAGGAAUGAGGGUGUCUGAGAGGAGAUAUCCCCUGAGCAUGGGGGUCGGAUUAAGCCAGGAAGGAAAGGAUGAUUUAGGAGAGAGGAGGGUCUUGACGGGAACAAAGUCUCCCACGGAGUUGGGGCUCAGAGUGGGAUUACGAAAAGAAGAUUCCCCGUGGAGAGACAGCCCCUUGGUUAGUAAUAAAUAUGAAGAGAGAAUGGCAUCAUCAGAAACAAGAUCUCCAUUUAACAAGGAGCUUGAAUUGAGGUUAAAAAGACAGGAUAUUUCUAGGACCCUCACGGAGAGGAGUAAUUUAGGAAUCAACAGGGUCUCAGCCCCACCUUCUCUGGGUGUGUUGCCAGAAAGAGCAGGUUUAGAGAAUGAGUGUCUUCUGGCAGGCUGUUCUGGACGGACAAUGAGGACUCCCCUGGGCAUGGUGUGUGAAAGCCCACAGGCUCUAGGGAGCAGGAGAGGUCCUGCGGCUAGUGCCCUCGAGGGGUUAGGGCCAUCAGUGGAGAAGCAGCUGACUUUGGGUGUGGAACCCAGCCAGGAACUGGAAAAAGAGUCGACUUGUAUGGUGGUGAAGCCCUGGGCAGAGAUGAAGCCUCCUGUGGAGGUAGAUAUUGGGCUGCCCCAACCAGAGGAGCCGGAUGAAAUGAGGAACACAGAGCCCCAAACGGGCUUGGUGAUAGAACCUCCUGAGUGCCAGUUCAUACAACAACCUGGAGGAAAAAAGGCUGAAAACAUUGAGCCAGGAGUCGAACCACCAGAUCGCAUCAGACCCAUCUACUCUGGGCAAUUUUUUGAUCGAAUGCCUUGCUAUCCAAGUGCAGGGAAGGUUAUUCCAAUUGGAUACAGAGUUGCAACCUGCUUGACCGAAAAACUUCCAAGGCUAAUUACUCCACCCGAGGCAAAAAAAUUUUUCAACUUCAGAUAUCCACCUGCUGGAGCCGAAAGAGUAUUUUAUGGCAGAGCGAAUGAUCCUCAAAUUGCACCUUAUUUGACACAUGGGAUAAGAUCUAAAAUUUCAAUACCGGCAAAGGUAUUGAUAAACCCAGAGCCUAUUACAACAUUUCAACAGAAAAUUAAAGAUAAAAAGGAAUCAGUAUAUUUUAGUAAUCAACGAGCACCGUUAGGAAAGUCUCACGAUCAGUCGCCGGGACUGCCUAAAGGCCUGGAUGUACUAAAGACGACAUUUGGGACUCCAGUCAUCAGAGAAAUAUCUGCCAGAGAUGUGGUGAAUCCACCGAAAUCCUAUCAAGAAGUGCUUGGCGAAGCAGAGGAGGGACACAAUCUGUAUCUUGUUUCUCAUAAUGAUUAUUAUGCGGGAGAAGCAAAGAACCGAAAGUAUAACCCCUCAAAUUUCCAUAGGUUUGACCUGUAUGGGGUCCCAACAUCACAUUUUAAUGAUGGACGAACCAUGGCGAAAACUCUGUAUUGGCUUCAUGAACUGCAAAUGAAAAGAGGAGCUAAGUUUGUAUCCAAGAGAGUUGAUGAUUUCAAAGAAAAGUUUCAGCAUAAACUUGGAAGAGUCUUAGAUCCCAUUGCAGAAACAAUGAAUGUCCCCCCAGACCACACAUUUGGAGCUUGUCUCCGUCCUGACGACUAUGGCGCUGAUGAUCUCAUCUAUAAUAGACUCCCGGGUGAAUAUCUGCGAGGCAAGGAUAGGCAGCGAGGCCUGGUUGCAGCAGUUCGUCACCGCUUGAAGAACAUUAACUGCCAGAACUUUGACACUUUGCUGGCAGCCUUCAGGCACUAUGACAAGAAGGGAGAUGGAGUGAUAGAUAAAGCUGAGCUUCAGGAAGCCUGUGACCAGGCCAACUUGCACUUGGAUGAGAAGCUCCUGGACCAGCUAUUUGACUACUGUGAUGUGGAUAGUGAUGGGCUGAUUAACUACCUGGAAUUUGCAAAUUUUCUUAACUGGAAAGAUACAAUGCCUCUUAAAGAUUAUGAAGAGAAGGUUGUCAUUAAAGGUAGAAAACCAAAUUGUGCAAACCCUGCUGAGGCUAAUGUUGAAGAAUCUGAACCAACCCUCCUGAUAAAGCCUGAAGAUAUUGUCUUAAAAGGGAGCUCAGAAAAGACUCUCCGGACACUUCUGAGGCCAAACGAUAAAGUUUCCAGUCACUAUAAGACCACUUCUUCUGCGAUCAGCGCGGUUGUGGGAGCUAUUCCUUCCAUAUGUUAUCCCAUCUAUGGGGUCCCAACCAUUCGGUCUGAUAUCCCUGCCCCCCGAAUUCGCCGCAUCAGUGACAGAACUAAUUAUGGUGAAGAAGGCAAUGCCUAUUCGUUACUGUAUCCCACCAUCUUCAGCCAGAAAGGAGUGUAUGAAAGAGACUUCUUCCAACCCAGAUCAAAAAAAGAGAUUGCAGAGAUAUUAAGUAACAUUGGCGUCAAGCUUUCUGAUGAAGAAUUUGAAAAUGUAUGGAACCUUGCAUCAAAAAAACACCACAGAGGAGAAGUCUGCAUUGAGACCAUUAGAAACGUUCUAGAUGAGCUAGGACAUGCCGACCGGAUCAAGUGUAAAACAACCAUGUGAUAUCUUGGGAGUUCAUUCAUUUAAAUAAAGGAAUUGUCAAAUCUG